UCUCUGUUUCCCUCCUCCUGUCAGUUACAGAGACAAUUUCAUCUAAAUGGCAUGCACAAGAGUGGAGAUGUCAUUCUGGGUGGACUGUUUCAAGUCCACUUUUUUUCAAGUGUUGCUGACCUGUCUUUUACCUCACAGCCACAGCAGCCUACUUGCCAUGGAUUUUAUGAACUAGGAUUUAGGCAUGCACAAACCAUGGCCUUUGCUAUUGAUGAAAUCAACAGAAGCUCCAACCUGCUACCUAAUGUCACUCUGGGAUAUACUCUUUAUGAUAACUGCAUCAACCUUGGAAUUGGAUUCCGUGCUGCAUUGUCAUUAGCCAGUGGUCAAGAGGAGCAUUUUAUAUUAGAUGAUACAUGUGUUGGAACUACUCCAGUCUUAGGGAUUGUUGGUGAUUCUCCCUCUGCACACUCUAUUGCUAUCUCUAGCACUUUAGGUUUGUACAGAGUACCUAUGGUGAGUUAUUUUUCAACAUGUUCCUGCCUGAGUAACCGUCAAAAGUAUCCAGCCUUCUUUAGGACGAUCCCAAGUGAUGCAUUCCAGGUACGUGCUAUGAUUCAGAUUCUAAAGCAUUUUGGCUGGACAUGGGCAGGUCUGCUCAUCACUGAUGAUGAUUAUGGACUCCAUGCAGCAAGAUCCUUACAAUCUGAGCUCAGUCUGUCUGGUGAAGGUUGCCUGGCUUACUUCGAGGUUUUGCCCUGGGACAAAGACAAAGAUGAACUCAGGAGGAUUGUGAAUGUGAUGAAAAAAUCCACAGCUCGAGUUGUCAUUGUCUUUGCACAUGAGAGUGUCAUGAUAAACCUUAUGGAAGAGGUAGUGAGGCAAAAUGUAACUGGCCUACAGUGGAUGGCCAGUGAAGCCUGGACAGCAGCUGCUGUGCUCCAAACACCUCACCUUAUGCCAUACCUGGGUGGUACACUAGGUAUUGCCAUUCGUCAUGGGGAAAUACCAGGGCUCAUGGAAUUCCUGUUAAAAACACGUCCUACUCUACAUUACAACAAUAGCUAUGGAAAUAGCAUGGUGAAUCAGUUUUGGGAAUUCAUAUUUCAGUGCAGAUUUUCACAAGCUUCAGCAGGCUGGGUGGAGCAAGGAGGUCAACUAUGCACUGGACAGGAAGAUCUAGAGAAUGUAGACACUGAGUUCUUGGACAUUUCCAGCCUCCGGCCUGAGUACAAUGUGUACAAAGCUGUGUAUGCUCUUGCACAUUCCCUUGAUGACAUGCUGCGUUGCAAGCCAGGAAGAGGGCCUUUCACUGGAGACAGCUGUGCCACUCUGCAGUCACUGGAGCCUUGGCAGCUUGUUUAUUACUUGGAAAGGGUGAACUUUUCCACUUCAUUUGGUGAUCAAGUGUCAUUUGAUGAGAAUGGUGAUGUGGUGCCAAUUUAUGAUGUGAUGAACUGGUUGUGGCUCCCUGAUGGAAGCACUGAAGUUCAUAAUGUGGGUGAGAUUAAGAGGUCCGCUUUCAGAGGUGAAGAACUCAUACUUGAUGAAGACAAAAUCUUCUGGAACUUUGAAUCCAAAAAGCCACCUCGAUCAGUAUGCAGUGAGAGCUGUCCUCCUGGUACCCACAUGGUGAGAAGGAAGGGAGAGCCCAAAUGCUGUUUUGACUGCAUCCCUUGUUCUGAGGGAAAAACCACUAACAAGAGCAACUCAUUUGAAUGCACCAGUUGUCCAGAUGAUUUUUGGUCAAACCCCGAACGUGACCACUGCGUUCCCAAGAAGACAGAAUUCCUCUCCUACCAUGACCCUUUGGGUAUUUGUUUGGCAGCAACUUCACUGCUGGGCACAUUUAUAUGUGCUGUUGUUCUAGGGAUCUUUUUCUACCAUCGCAGAACACCUAUAAUACGUGCCAACAAUUCAGAACUUAGUUUCCAGCUAUUGCUGUCACUCAAGUUAUGUUUCCUUUGUUCACUGCUGUUCAUUGGACGACCCAGGAUGUGGACGUGUCAACUCAGGCAAGCAGCAUUUGGGAUCAGCUUUGUGCUGUGUGUCUCAUGCAUCUUAGUAAAAACCAUGGUAGUUCUGGCUGUGUUCAAAGCCUCCAAGCCAGGAGGGGGAACCAGUCUGAAGUGGUUUGGUGUUACGCAGCAGAGAGGAACAGUUCUAGUUCUUACAUCUAUUCAGGCAGCCAUCUGUACUACCUGGCUUGUCUCUUCCUCUCCAUUUCCACAUAAAAACAGCCAGUAUCACAAUGAUAAGAUCAUUUUUGAGUGUGCAGUUGGGUCAACUGUUGGUUUUGCAGUGUUAUUGGGCUAUAUUGGUGUGCUAGCUUUCCUCAGUUUUCUAAUUGCAUUCCUGGUGAGGAAUCUCCCUGAUAGUUUUAAUGAGGCCAAGCUCAUCACAUUCAGCAUGCUGAUCUUCUGUGCUGUGUGGGUGGCCUUUGUUCCUGUUUAUAUCAGCUCUACUGGAAAUCGUGCAGAUGCAGUGGAGGUAUUUGCCAUCCUGGCCUCAAGUUUUGGACUCUUAUUUACACUGUUUGGGCCCAAGUGUUACUUAAUCCUGAUGAGACCAGAGAUGAACACUAAAAAAGCAAUAAUGGGUCGUGGAAAAUAA